AGAUCUAAUGUUAUCGGCAUGUGUCUCGGCUUGUAGUCGGACAACUCUAAUGGUGGCGUUACCAGAUCACUUACCUUUCAGUUCACAACGAUGGUUCGUAUAAAAAAUAGAUAUAUAGCAGUGCAAAUUGUGCCCUACACACCAACACAAUCACUGCGACUUAACGACAACACCCUGGCGAAAAUUCUGCUGCAGAAUGUGGAGAAAUAUCAUGGAGUCUACGCACUGGGAAUGAUCGAGCAGGGAUUCCGUGUGAAAUACAUCAAUGAUCGAACCAAAACAGCAAUCAUACGGUGCCUGCAUCGUGGUCAACGCUUUGUGUCCAGCAUAUUGCCAUUGAUUACUUUGAUUGGAGAUGUACGAGCCAAGUUUAGGACCCUCUAUAUUGGAGCCACCAUCAUCCAAUGCAACAGAUUCAUAGUUAAGCAUCAGAAACAGUUCCUGGACCGCGCAAUGGGUCAGCUUACAUCCGCCAAGGAACGACAAGACCUUUUCAAACGCGUAAUGGAGUUCGACAUGGACAGAUAGAAAAUAAAGUGUGUUUAGCGUUUAAUUAAGUAAUUAUAGUACAUUGUUUUCUUUAAGAAAACAGUUGUCACAAUUCGACUAAAAUAUAUAUCAUGUAUUUGGUAUCAAACUAAA